CCUAAUCAGCUGAGCGCAUUGUUUAGGAAAAUUCAACAUGGCCGCUAUGAUAUAAAAAUGUAUUGUCGAAGUCAAACUUCGACUGUUAACUAUUCAACCAUCUGUUGACAAUGUGAAGCUGUUACAGUCCUAAAAUGGAUGAAAGUCACAAAGAGUUGCUGAAAAUACACCGGGAUAAGUUUUUAUCUUCAAUAGAAGUUGACAGACUAUUUCCAAUUUUACAAGAUGCAGGAGUCCUCGAUUCGGAUGACAUUUCAUUGAUCAAAUCAGCAACAAGUCGAAGUAGUCAAGUCGACAAACUGUUGAACAUCCUUCCAGAAAAGACCAGUUAUUCUUUUCAGACCUUAUGCCUUGCUUUAGAACCAACUUAUCCACAUCUCUUGACUGUCAUGUUUCUUGGGAGCAACAACACUGUCUCAACACCAGAUUCUCGCUCACUGUCUCUUGCAUCGUCAGAGGAAGAUAUACUUAACCAAUCCAGCACAACAGAUACUCGCUCACUAGAUGGCCCAAAGACCUACACACGUAUUAUCCCGUCACACGAAUAUGAUUUACCAGAAACUUAUCCAUCCCUCACCAAAGAUUCAAAAAGCAGUAAAAGUAAUAAACAUAAACACAGAAUGGAAAUAAAUAGUCGUUCAGGCAUGAAUGAGGACAGGGCAAUUGAUCGGCAAAGAGAAUAUGACCGUCUCAAAACCGAGUGUGAAAAUGCCAUGGCCGAAGUUCAGUCCUUGAAACGACAACAGGAAGAAACUGUUAAACGAUACAAUCACGCUUUAAAAGACACAGACAGUUAUCAGCAAAAAUACAAAUCGGUUCUCUUACAGUUACAACAUGCUAGAGACGAAAUUGACAAUUGGAAAUCACAAUGUGAAGAUUUACGUAGUUUUCAAAAUGUGUCCGGAAAUGAUUCAUCUGGAAGUGACAUAUUUGAAAAUCAGGCGGAAAGGUAUGCCAAUAUUUUAGGAAAAUUCAAAGAAUCUGAAAGUAAGGUUAGACUUCUAGUGGAGGAUAAUAUGAAACUUAGAAAACAAUUUGAAUCUGUUUCACUGGAUAAGGAAUCUGCUUUUGCCGAGAGAAAUGGUUUGAAGCAGCAGUGUACAGCAGCCAUUCGAGAUCUAGCAAAAGUGACACAACAAAGAGAUGACUUGAUAAAAGAAAAUCAUAAAGUAAAUUCGGAAUUUCUGUCGAAAGUGUCAAAACUACAUAAAGAGUGUGAGGAGGCUAAACAGGACCAAUAUCUUGUUUUAUCUGAAAGGGAUAAUGUUCUGAAGGAAAUUAACCAAUUACAAGAUGAGGUUAAUGAAUCGAGGCAAAAAAUCGAAACAAUGGAAAAAGAGAAGAAAUUCUCCAUAGAAGAAAUUGAUAAGUUAAAGUUAGAAAUGUCACAAAUUAAAAAGGAACGUGAACAAUUAUUCAAAGAUCGUAACGACAUAUAUGAUAAAUAUGGCGACUUAAUAUCGAAGAAGGAUCAGAUUGAAAUGCAGAGGAAUGAAUAUAGGAAAGAUUUCAAUCUUGCUAAACAAGAAAGAGACAUGGCAAUCAAGGAGAGUCAGGAAGCACUCAUGGAAAAGGAAAGAAUACUAAGGGAAACUUAUGAACGAGAGAGAAGUAGGAAAGAGGAGGCAGAAGACCGUGAUCACGAUUCCAAAGAAACGGAGAAAUUGAAGAAAAUGAUAGAAAAGUUACAAAACGAUUUACAUGAUGCAUUGGGUGAAGUUGAAAAGUACAAAAAGAGCAGAGACUGGGCCUUAAGUUGUCGAGAGAAGAGCUUGCAGGAAUGUGACAGUAUCAGAACUCUUGGUGAGAACUUACGACGUCAGAGGGACCGAGCAGACAAUGAGAAGGCUCAGGCUCUGAGGGAUUACGAUAACCUGAAGAAGCAGAAAGAUGAGGCAGUACGGGAACUAAAGGAAAUAAGGGAGAAAUAUGAAGCCAUGGUAGAAAAAGAAGCAAGGAAAAGCCAGCUGAAUGGAGUAGGACACAAUCAUAGCCGAGAUUCAGCCAUUGAUGCAGACUUACAGGAAUGGGAGACAGAAACGCAGGAAAUAGAAAUCGGAGGAUUAAAUCCAGAAAAUUUAGGAUUUGAUUUGUGUGGAGGAAAAGAGGACCCACAGUGUGCUAGUGACAAUUCUAUCUUAGUCAGUUAUGUCAAAGCAUCUAGUCCUGCUGAUGGAAAGUUAAGAGUAAAUGAUGUGAUUGUACAGAUAAACAACAUUGAUGUCACAAAUUUUGACAAGCGAUCAGCUUUACAAGUUCUCAGGAAUUCUUCUUCUAGUGUAGCUUCAUUUUUGGUAAGAAGAAGAAGAUGCAUAACUCCGAGAACCUGGCAACCAUUACAACUGAGUGUCAUGCUUGGCAAAGACCUUGGAUUACAUAUAGAGCAAGGGCUAUACAUUAGUAGGAUCACCCCAGGAUCUAUUGUUGCCAAGGAGGGAAUUCUUACCACAGGAGACAGAAUUGUUUGUGUGAAUGGCCGCUCAGUAGAAAAUUUAACUCCAAAGGAAUUAAUAAAAGUUUUAGAAGAUUGUAAGGAUCCAGUGUCCUUAGAUAUUUGGAGGCAGACGACAUUUAAUUCUGCUGCCUCUUCACCGACACCAAUUAUACAAACCAUAAUAUCACCGAAAACCGAACAAAUGACCUAUUCAAAACCAGAAACCAUAUCUGUAAAAAGAAACGCCUGGGAACCAAAUAGUUCUCCAGAUAAUAAUAAAAACUUAAAAAGUAGUGAAUCCCAAACUGACACUAUUAAACAAAACGAUUCCAAGUUUUUAAACGGGAGUAAUCGACACAAAGAAAAUGACCAUAAACAUGAUAAACAAGGAUUGUUAAAAAAGUUUUUUGGUGGUAAUACACGAAUGGGAAAAAAUCAUGAUAAACCACAUAAUUUGGAAGAAUCAAGUCAUGUGUUGCCAAUGACAACAUCACAUAUAUCCUCACAGCAGACGACAGAUGAUGACUUUUGGAAAGACCUUGGAUUACACCCAGGAAUGAUGGACAAAAAGAAUGAUCACUUCCAAAAGUCCAGCCGGAAACGUGAAUAUGAAGUAGAUAAUGGCACUUGGCCAAAGUGUAAUAGGAUUAUUCCCCCUCAGGUGAAUGGAACUGUGAUGGUUCCAUCUCCUCGCAAAAAGCAGGAAAGACCAAGUAUUCUGACAUCUAAUUUAGAUGGAUCUCAAAAAGUGCCACCAGAUCCUCCGGAGAGGACCAUUUCUUCAUAUGAAGCUGUUCGUCAUAGUCCUCAAAGUUCUGAUUCUACUGUGAAAUACCACCAUAGUCCACAGAGUAGUGAUUCCACAGUACGUCGUUACCCUUCUUAUUCUCCUGUUAGUUCACCAAAACCAAGGAUUAAGUCAUCACAGUUUCCACAAAAUUCUGUUAUGACGACCAGCAUGCCACCAUACUCUUCCUAUAGUCAUGACAAUUCAUUUCUGCCACCGCGAAAGACAGUGUCUCCAAACAGGAAUUCAUAUAUUUCACAGAAGGCAUAUCCUUCUAAAAGUAGACACCCUGAAGUGCCAUCCACUUAUUCAAGGGACAUAAUCCGAGAACCUGGAGUAAAUAAUAAACCUGUAAGACGGCGCCCUGUUGAACGUGACAACAAGGAGCGCCGUCAUCAUUAUUCAGGACAUUCAGGACCACAUUCUAGAUCUAGUCAUCCAUUUAACACAUCAACAGAUUCACAAAGUAGUCGAAUGUCCACUUCAAGUCCAAGAUGGUCAAGUGAAACAUCAACAUUUGAUUCAUUACAUUCACCGCCAUAUUUAUCAGAGAGAGUACCGUCAACGAGUUCAUUCCCGUCAAGUAGAGGCAGCCAUUAUGGAAGUGCAGGGAUGUCUCCAGUUGGUUCUAAACCAUUUCCUAUGCCACAUACAGACCAAGAAUUCAGGCGGCCAUCACCCUCCUUCCCUCAGUGGUGUAGUUCUCCUAGUCCGUCACAGAUCAGUUCUACCCCUAGUGACCAUAUGUUAUAUUCAGGUCAACAAGGAACCAGGAAGUCAGGGGAUUAUGAAACCAGUACAUUUCCCAGAAAGGUUCAACAACAACAACAACAGUCCAGCUGGAUGUGGGUUCCUCCAUCCAAUCAGAGCAUAGCUUCUACAGGUUCUGUUGAAGUUGUGUCAGCCAGAAGUAGCCCAGGAUCUCCCAUGUUAGAAUCAGAAAAUAUUAUUGACCCUGAACAUGCAAGAAGAAGACUUCAUCCAGGACAGACCAGAACAAUAUAUAUAGAACGAACCUCACAGCCUGUAGGAUUUCAGAUAGAGACUGGUCCUAAAGGAGGAACCUUUGUCUCCAGUGUAAAUGAGAAUAGUUUGGCAGCUAAAGCAGGACUUGUUAUAGGGGAUCAAUUUUUAGAGAUUUGUGGAAUAAAUAUGAGAACAGCAUCUCAGGAAAUGGCAUCACAAAUAUUGAAGCAGGUGGGGAAUUCCCUCAGUCUUCUGGUACAACAUAAUCCUGAUGAAUAUUACAGUAAAACUGGUGAUUCAUCUGGAGAGGACAGUGCUAAUAAUUCUCCUAAAAAUUCUCCUGGUCUAGGAACAUUUAAACGUAACCAUAAUGGUACAGGUUCUAGUGGUAGAAAUAAAACUCCAAGAGCUUCUAUUGUGGAUGCCAGUGAUACAGCAUGUGAGGCAGCCAGAGUCUUGUCCUUUAAGAAAAGUUCUCCCAACCUUAGUCUUGGCAUCAGUACCAUUGGUGGUAAUGCUGUAGGAAUAUUUGUCCAUGAGGUUCAACCACAGAGUUUUGCUUUCGGCCACGAUGGUCUCCAUUGCUGUGAUCAAAUUUUAGAAUAUAAUGGAGUUGACUUCAGGAAGCUGACAGCUGAAGAAGCCUCUCUAGAACUGACCAAGCCAUGUCCUUCUGUUAGAAUGCUAGUACAAUAUAAUCCUGCCAGAUAUAAGAAGGUUUACAAUCAACCAGGAGACCAUUUUCAUGUUAGAGUCCAUUUUGAUCACACUGCUGAUAAUCACGGAGAAUUGAGUUUCAAGAAAAAUGACAUUUUAUUGGUUGAAAGUACAAUUCAUGAUGGCAAGCUAGGUCAUUGGUUUGCAUGGCUGGUGGAUGAUGAGGGCAGAAAAACACAGAAAUGUGGAACCAUUCCAAGUAAAGAAAGGUUAGAAGAUGAUUUUAAUUUAAAAAGAAGCCAGUCAGAGAAUGAAUUUGAAGACCUGAAAGGUUCCAGACGAGGGUCAGGAAAUGUCAGGCGAAGCUUUCUUCAAAGACGAAAACAUAAAAGAAACAAUUCCAAAGAUAGCAGAGAAUUCAACUCCUUUUCUGAUGCCUCUUUAAAUAGUGAUUCAGUCCCACAGUUAGAUGAUAUUUCUGUAUACACAUAUACCAAAAUUGAAAGAAUGGAAUGUAAAAAGAUACGCCCUGUGAUUUUAUUAGCACCAUUGUCUGAUCCUUUAAUUAAAAAACUAGUCUCAGAAUCUCCUGACAUAUAUUUAGCUUGUCAACCUGCUGUGAUGCAAGCCUCUGUUCAAGUAAUGGAACAAGGACUAGCAGACGGCACCUAUAUUGAUUAUUGGCAGGAAGAUGAUCAUUUUGUGUGUAUUCGUGUCACAAGUAUUCAUGAAAUCAGCGACAAGGGCAUGCAUAGCCUACUAAAUGGAAGUCCAUCAUCUAUAGAAAGACUUCACAGGCAACAUAUAUAUCCUAUUGUAAUAUUUGCAAGACACAAAUCUGUCAAACAGUUAAGGGAAUUACGUGAUCCACAGUUUUUAGCAGAAAGGUUAAAUGCUAAAGCUGCCAAAGAUAUAUUUGAAAAAUUCCAGAAAUUUGAAAAGGACUAUAACCACCAAUUUUCGGCUGUCAUUCAAGGUGGCAACAUUGCAGAGAUGCAUCAACAGAUAAAAACAGUGAUAUCGUCAGAGCAGAAAAAGGGCAUUUGGGUCCCUUCAGUGUUGUGAUAAACCACAGUGUAUUUUAAGUGUUGUGAUACUAAAACUUAUAUCAUGUGACCAUCUUUCAAAGUGGUACAAAUUUUCUGUGUUGUGAUGUCAACAUUUGACAAUAGGACACUGCAUUUUUUCAUUAUUUGUUUUCAUAUUUUCAUGAAACUUAUUUUAGUAUUUGGAAGAAAGGGAGAGCUACAAAUGAUUUUAGUGCUUUAUAUAUUACUUUUUUUUUAUAUGUCUUUAAAGGAGUAUGUUAAAAGGAUCUUUCUUCACCAGUCUAAUAAUAAGGAGGAAAAAAAGAAAGUUUUACUAAGGGAGACAAUUUGUAAUGUUAUUUGAUUAUCUCCCUUGUUAAAGAGCUUUGGUUAACAAUGAAGGCAUUUUAAAAAUAGUCACACAAGUGCUUUAUUGCAUGUACAUAUUAUCUAGUCAAAAGAGAUCUCUAUGUGUCCAGAUUGACACAGAACUGCAUACAGCCUGUCUCGGAAGAAAGAUUUCAAGAGUUUUUUUUAUCUACAAAUUAUUUUUUUAUGUCAUUUUUAAAGUUGUGACUGAUAAUUAUGAACUAUUAUUUCUAAUGAUCUUUGAAAAUUAAAUAAAAUCCAUGUAAAUAUGCUAUCAAGUGAAAUAUUUACACGCUCAAAUAUUGAAAGCAAAAAAAUGUCUGUUUUGUGAUCUUAAAAAAACAAAGUGAUAUUGGAAUGGAAAUUAGUUAAAAAUAAUAUGUAAUACAUUAUGGAUUACAAAUGUUUUUUAAGAGAUUCUGAUACUUAAAACUUUUUAACUCUUUAAACUAUUGAUACAUUUUGGAAUUUUUUUCUCAAGUUUUUACAUUGUCAAGCACAUUAUACAAGCCUUCGGCAGAGCUCCUUAGUUUCUUUUAAAAGGCUUUUGCAUUAUUUUUUCUACAGAUAGAUAUAUAAAAUCAGAUACUUGUAUACAUUUAUAUUAAAUGGAAGUGUAUUCUGUGAUAUUGAUUAGGACUUUUAAUGUUAUAUGUUUGUGGUUACCGUGGUAACAUGUGUCUGUCAUGAAUGAUCGGUUAUUUUAUUGUAAACGGUAAUUUUAUUCUAAAGAGUUGGAAAGAAGUUGAAAAACCAUUCGAUUUCAGUUGUAGUAAUUAGAUGUUUUGUUUUUUGAGUUUUUACUUUUAAGUUUUUACUAAAACCAUUAGUUUUAAUAACAUUAGAUCUUGCGUUUUAAAUCAUGUAUAUUCUUUUUAUUUGCUUAGUCAGCUGUGGUUGAGGGGAGACAUAAGAGAAUACAUUUAAACAAAUUUAAAAAUUUUGAUAAGGGUAAAUAAAAACAAUGUUU